AAACUGACCAGCACCAUGCUUCAGGUCUCGGUAGGCGUCGGGAGUGCGCCGCCGCAAACGCUCCAUCGAUGCCUCCAGAUUCCCGAAAUCAUCCUUCAAGUGUUUGCAGAAGUGGCGCUGCAGCACUCGCCAAACACGACGUUGGCGGCGUUGGCUCGAACGUGUCGCGUCUUCGAACAGCCGGCGUUGGAACUCCUCUGGGCCGACCCUGGCCCUUACACACUGCACUACAUUCUCAAUUGCUUCCCUCCUGGUCUCUUCGCAUACUCGGCUGAUCAGCCAUGCCAUUGGCAGCCUCUCACCCUCACUGUUCCGCCCAGUGAUUGGGCGCGGCCACGACGCUAUUGCAAUCUCGAGGGGGGAGGGGGGGGUCCCGGGGGGGUCGGAAAAAAACUUUCCGACCCUAUAUCCGUGAUUCGAACUUUGAACCCCCCUUGGGCGUCGUAUCACGAGCCCCACUGCGCAGAACUGUCCAUCCUUGGGGGAACGUCUCCUGAUGCCGUUCUUUUCCCGCGACUCCGAAAACUAGUCAUUUCUGUCCCCGGAUCUGACAACCCAGAUCGAUGGCUCAGAUCUCUUUUCCAAUCGCUCCUGUCGCCGACGCUGAGAUUUGUCACCGUAGAGGAAACCUUUGACCCGGAAGUUUACCCUGAUAUCGAUGUCACUCCCCUCAUUCAAAUGAUCGUCAGUCAUACCCCGCAGCUCACUACGCUCGUCCUUAUUACAUCCGACUCCCUGCAUGUGGCAUCUGAUCUCUUCCGAAACUUGUGUCAUCUCCAAGUGCUGACGAUGUCUUACAUGGCCGAUAAUAUGCUGCCUCAUGUGGCUCAGCUAAAAAGCUUGAAAGAAUUGACUAUUGGAGAGCUGGACCUGGCGGCCCGUCCGAGCAAAACCCUGCAGGCCCUCGACAAUCAGUGCACAUUCCCUUCUCUCGAAAUCCUUGCUAUUGAGAAUGUCGAUGUCCUGCGGCUGACACAAAUCAUGCAUCUAUUCCGACUCUCCCCUCUCCACACACUUUGGAUUUCUCCUCUGCUCCACACAGAUCUCACCACCGCGGACAUGACCGCAUUUUACCGAAGUGUGGAUGCCUAUGUAAACAAGCAGACCCUCCAGCAGUUCCAAUACGAGCUCCGAUCUUCAAGUUUGAGUCACGUAGAUAUUUCCGCGGACGCUUUGCGAUCGUUGCAAGGAUUCUCUGGCUUGACCCGCCUGUACAUCGAGUGCAGCGGGAAAUAUCUUGUUCGUGACAGUGAUAUCGAGGCUCUUGCGUGCGCCUGGCCUGCACUGGAAACCUUCGUGCUUCAUCCGACAGAGCCGGCUCAGCGCACGCGCCUCACCCUGUCGUUUCUGGUGGCGCUGGCCACACAUUGCCCGUGCCUUGCCGCCAUUGAUGUAUCUUUCGAUGCAACGGUGGUGCCGACAACUAUUGCGAUCGAUGAUUCCGGCAAAACCCUAAUCAAGACCCCGCUUGCCGUCCUAAGCCUGAACACCGGCUUCACGCCAAUCAAGAAUCCCAUUGAAGUUGCACAUUUUCUUGCCCACCUCUUCCCCCAUCUCUCAAUCGCGCUGGAGUCGGAUUGGGACCCAACAGACCGUUCUAUCGAGUCUGAAGCAGGGCUAACCGAGGCUUCAAAUAUAUACGCCGCUCGCUGGAACGAAGUUUCCGCAAUCAUCCAAAAACUUGCUGCAGAAGGGAAAGAAGAAGGAAAGUGA